GUAGCUGGAAAGCAUUCUUGUCGGAAUGAAGUACUUGGUUCUCUGUAUUACAGUCCUCGCUUAUGUCGGAGCGAAUCCGCCCCGACUUCUAGAAGAGGAUUGCGGACGUUCGGUAAAAAAAAUUAGAGUGUUUGGUGGCAAGGACGCAACGGAGGGUGCAAAUCCUUGGAUGGCCAUGGUUCUAGUCGCCAAGCCCUUGAGAUUCAUCUGUGGUGGAUCGCUGAUUACCAAAUGGUUCGUGCUGACGGCAGCGCACUGCUUGUCGGAUGGCGAUCAGUACAUUGUGCGCUUAGGCGAAUAUAAUCGAGACAUCCAUGACGACAAUGCCAUCGAUUAUGAUGUGAUCAAAUCCUUUACACAUAAUCACUUUCACAAUGUCAGCUACGUGAACGACAUCGCCAUGAUGCUACUGGAGCGUCCGGUGCAAUACACAGACAACAUCCGACCCAUCUGCGUGAUCCUGGACCCAGCGCUGCGAAAAACGGUGGAAGAUGCUUCUACCCUAAGAGCCGUUGGUUGGGGAGAGACUGGUCCUCAAGGCAAAACAAGCCGUGUCCUUCAGACUUUGAACAUGAAGCGCAGCGAAAACCAGAUCUGCGCCUUAAAGUACAACCGGACUCUGUCCCGAAGCCAGAUCUGCGUAUCGGGUGCAGUCCCGAACACCAGUAUUUGCAACGGCGACUCCGGAGGGCCGGUGGGCGAUGAUAUCCAAAUUACCUUGGGAAGGGGACUACCAAAAUUCGUUCAAAUCGGUAUUGCCAGCUACCACGACCAUAUGUGCGACAAUACGAUCGUUCUUACGGACGUCCUCAGCCAUGGCGAUUGGAUCUAUAAGGUGGCGUUGAGGUAUACGCCUAAACAAAAUACCACCGGGAACUAAAAACAGUUCUUGCGGCUUGCAUCCUGAUAGGUAUCAAGAAAGGCCCUUCAAUCUACCCUCAGAUGUAAAUUUUGUAACAUGAGGAAUAAGCUUUGAAUAUAAAUAUUGUUUAAUGAGCUUCUUAUUUAAUUCGGUAGUUUUUUUUUACCGAAGUUUGAAGUUAUGAAUUCUUUAGGUUUGAAUCAUAAAGCGAAAAUCUAAUUUUGCCAACUGUAAUAUCUAAGGUCACUUCUAUAAAAUUUUAAUAAAUAUUUUUAAUAUUUUGGCUUAUCAAA